AUGCCUCGCCUACGGUCACGCGCAGCUCCGGCUCCUCUAACAUCAUACAGUACCACUCCUACAGCUUCCUCGACCCGUCCGCGACGCGGCACGGCAAAUCAGUCACUUGCGGCUGCUACCAUACAGCGCUCCUCGCCUGAGGAGACGCGCCAGUCAAUACACCUCACAGUAAAAUCAUCGCCCAACAAGCUCAGGCAAGCCACUGGCGGUGCUGCACCCAAAGCUGGUGUCAGCCGUGAGAACAUAGUCGUGGGCAAGCGCGCGUCACGGAACAGUCGCGUGGUCCAGGAGGUCGAUAGCGAAGAUGAAGAGGAAGAAGAAGAGGUCGAAGAAGAGGACGAAGACGUAGAAGAGGCCGACGCCAUGGACGUGGAUGGGGACUCGGACGACAACGAAGAUGCCCAAGGCGACGACGACGAUGAGGAUAUGGACGCAGAGGGAGAUGAGGACGAUGAUAUGGAAGACACACCAGCGCCACGCAUCGUUGUGAACACCAAUCGAAGCAUCCCCGUCAAGCCAUCCGCCGGAGCGAUCACUAAGGCCCAAGACAAGGUCGAGGCCAAAGAAAUGGCAAUGGACGAUGACGACGACGAGGAGCUAAGUGACCCAGAUUCUGAUCUCGAUGACGAAGAUGCGGAGGGCGAAGAUGAAGACGCUGAAGGCGAGGACGACGACGACAUGGGCGUAACGCCUGGCGCAGACAUGGACGAAGAAAUGGACAGCGAUGAGGAACUCAGCCGCGACCAAACACCUGAUGUGACCAAGAUGACCAAACGACAACGCGCUCUAGUCAACGACGACACUGACGGAGGCCUCCUGGCUCUCUCCAACGAAGCACAGAAGAAGAAACAUCUUACCGCAGAAGAACACGCCAUGCGCAGGGCAGAAAUGGCAAGGCGAAGAAAGAAUCUCAGCGAAAAGAGGAACGAGGAAGAAAAGCUCGACACUAUCAACCGCCUCCUCAAAAAACAACCCCCAAAACGCGGCCGCAAAGCCGCCCAAGACGCCCCGGAAGACGGCCUCGAAGAACCAGAACCCGAGCGCGCAAACCCCCUCUUCGUCCGCUACAUCCAAAAUGCCAAGGGCACACAGCUCGGCGUCCCGGAAGAAUGGUUGCAAGCGCCCGUUGGCAGUAUGUUUGCGGGUGAUGUGGCGAAAGCGGCACAGAAGCCGUUUAGUGGCAAGAUGGUGGAGGAGGUUGCUUAG